AUGGCGGACCCCAGCCAAACUCCGCAAAGCCAUCUCCGCGAUCGCUGGACCAGAGAACACUACCCAGAAAACCUCGAGACCACUCGGGGGCCCUUCAACGACCGUACUUCUGGAAGAGGUCCCCCGGGGAUAGACGAAGACUAUGAGGAAGAGGAAGCAGUUGACGAUAUGGAGCUGAGCGAGAGAACAGUUCCCGCACCCGUUCAGCGCGAGGAUCGCAGACGGCAGUCAUGGGAAGAGGCGGUGGGGCUUAGGAGCAGCUAUUCGCACAAGCAAGGCGAGGAUCAAGGAGACAUGAACCUGACGGAGAUGACGGUGCCGCUACCCGCUCGACCAGAAGAUCCGCGGGAACCAUCCUUAGAAGACGCAAUACGCAGGGUAAACAGCAGACGCAGAAGCCGUGGUGAGGACGAUGUGGCCAUACCCGAACCUACUGGCGCCCGAGAGAAGCCAUCAGAUGAAGAAACCGCAGUGGGAUCCCCGAAUCAACGGAGCCUUGAACAGCAACAACGGCAAAAAUCGCCAGUGGCUCUAGAGCGCUCUCCGUUCAAGCCGGCGCCUUUCACCGCAGAAAUCCUUACGAUUGGGUGGCUAGUGUUCUUCUCAUUACUGGGCACACUGGCUCGACUGGGCGUCGAGGCCAUCACACUCUAUCCCGGCUCCCCGUUCCCAUCACGGGUGCUGUGGGCCAAUCUGGGCGGAUCGUUGUUCAUGGGCUAUUUGGCGGAAGAUCGUUGUCUGUUCCGACAUGAAUGGGGGUCGCCAGAUGCUAAAGCCCCUGUGUCGGUGCACGGGACGGUCAAGAAAACCAUUCCUUUGUAUAUCGGCCUGGCCACGGGGUUUUGCGGCAGUUUCACAUCUUUCUCGUCUUUUAUCCGGGACUGUUUUCUGGCCUUGACGAACGCUCUGGAAUCUCCGUCGCCCACAUCGCCGUACCAUACCGACCCGACUAUCGCGUCGCGCAACGGCGGCUUCUCCUUUCUUGCACUCCUGGCCAUCAUGAUUAUCCAUCCGGCUGUUUCUUUGGCAGCUCUGCAAGUCGGGGCACAGCUGGCUCUAUUCCUCCGACCCGUGACGCCGACGAUUCCGGUGAAAUUCGCGCGGAGCAUCCUAGAUCCAUCAGGCGUGGUGCUUGGAUUUGGAUGCUGGCUUGGAGCAGUAUUCCUGGCGGUCUGGCCGCCUGGCAAUGACGUUCAGUGGCGCUUUCGAGCAGUGCUGCCGCUCGUCUUCGCCCCGCUAGGCUGUCUCCUCCGAUUCUAUGUGUCGAAGCGCUUGAACGCCGCCACCCCGGCAUUUCCGCUAGGCACAUUCGCAGUCAACAUGUUCGGCACGGCAGUACUUGGGAUGGCAUUUGACCUACAGCAUGCCAGCAACGUGGGCGCCUCCAGUCCAAAUGCGUGCGCAGCCUUACAGGGCAUCAUGGAGGGAUUCUGUGGGUGCCUGACGACAGUUAGUACGUGGGUGGCCGAGAUGCAUGGGCUGAGACGUCGACAUGGUUGGAUCUAUGGGCUGACGAGCGUCGGCGUGGGAUUGGGGAUGAUGGUGGUGAUUAUGGGUAGCAUGGGAUGGACGGUUGGAUUCAGUCCGCCGGCGUGCAGUUGA